UUUCACCAUCUGGGCGGAGCCUGCCCCUGCUUGGGUCCGUCCCCCCCAGACUUCCUGCUCAGGCAGGGCACUGGCUGGGAGCCUGGAGGGAUCAGAGGCUGCGCUCCGGGCAGGGGCAGGGGCAGGGGGAUGGCCGGCCGUGGCAGCGAUCUUUCCACCAGGCCUCUGGAUCCUGACGCCCGUGUUCACGGGCUGUGCUUCCCCCCUAGGAUGUCCAUAGAAGACCAGAGCGCAGAGGAACGGCUGAUCUAUGAGGCUGUGUUCACACACUUCAAGAGACAUAAAGUGGAGAUUUCAAGCGCGAUCAGAAAGACGUUCCCUUUCCUCGAGGGCCUUCGUGACCGCGAACUCAUCACAGACAAAAUGUUUGAAGAUUCUCAAGACUCUUGCAGAAACCUUGUCCCUGUGCAAAAAGUGGUGUACAAUGUCCUCAGGGAGCUGGAGAAGACCUUUCACUGGGCAGUUCUGGAAGCGCUGUUCAGCGAGGUCAACCUGCAGGAAUACCCUGAUUUAAUUUCCGUUUAUAAAAGCUUUGAAAGUGUGAUCCAUGACAAGCUGCCCUACCAGGACGAUGGUGGAGGAGAGAGAGGGGAGAGGUCCACCUUCCGGCUGCGCCUUAGACAAGGAGCCGGCGAACCUUCUUUUCAACAAAGCCUGCCCUGGUGCCCCUCAGACGCCUCGUCUUCUGACGGCACAACUUUGCCUGGAAAUGGACACUCAGGGAUGCCCCAUGAUGCAGAACAGACACAGGCAAGGAGAAAGGACACAUCCAGGGCCCCAGAUGAUGCCCCAGGAAGCCAACAAGCAAGCGAACCGAGUGCCCAAGAGGCUGAGCCUGCAGGUUCAAAGCCACCCAGCCAAGGGAUCAAAGUUAACUCCUGUUCUGUGCUUCUGGUGGACAUCAAGAAGGAGAAGCCAUUUUUUAAUUCAGAAGUUGAGGAACGAGCCCAAGCAAGGACAAACUGCAAGCAGCCAUCUGACGUCAUAGUCAUCAGUAGCGAGGACUCUGAAGAUCCCAGUGAUGGAGAGGAGCCCCCGAAAGCCUCCACCUCAGCACUGAGAGAGCCCACGGAUUUCAGAAAAUCAUCUCCAAUUAGGAAAAGCCUUACGAAAAGAGUGAGAAGACAGGACCAGGACUCUUCAGGAUCCAGUGAGGACGAGCCUUGCCCAGUCUCCUGGAUCUUGGGGCAGAAAGCUGAGCUGGGGAAGGAAGCUCCUGUGACUAUUGGAACCACAUCUACUUGGUGGAAUCACAACCAGAAAAGACGGCCUGGGAGCGGAGGCUCUUCCACGCUGAGCAGUGGGGAGGAGCCCCAGGAAGCCGCCAGCUCAGCCCUCCCAAGUGGGUCAGGAGCAGAACCACAAGGACCCAGAAAUAAAGAGUGUUCCUGUGUCAUGUGUUUCCCCAGUGGUGACCCAGGAGGCCAAGAAGCACGGACCAAAAGUGACCAAGCAUCAGGCAAGAUGGGGAAAAGGAGAAGACGCACACGCAGACGCACACGCAGACGUAAGCGCAAAACCCUCCAACGAGGUCCAAGAAAUCCCAUUGGCAAACAUGCAGACUUUCUACUUCCUGAACUUCCUGUCACCUGUGGAUUUAUGAAGGGAAUUCUACAUAAGGAGUUGCUGAAAGGUGCCUCGGCGAAGUGUAUAGAGUGUGACCUCGGGUGGCUCUCCCCUCGAGAAUUUGAAGUUGCAGGAAACCACAUAGCAUCCAAGAACUGGAAGAAAAGUUUGCAGUGCCAUGGAUUUUCUCUGAAAUCUCUGAUCGAGGAAGGUCUUCUACCAGAGCCAAAAGGAACCAGGAAAAAAAGAGGAGUGCAGAGGGCCAGAGGGAGGACUGUGUCUCAAGGCAAACCACUGCGCUUCCACCCACGUGCUCAAACACCAGGAUUUGGAUUCCAAAGAAAACCCCAUUCCGUGGGGCCGGCACUGUGACGUAGCGGAUAAAGCUGCCGCCUACAGUGCCGGCAUCCCAUAUGGGCACUGGUUGGAGUCCUGGCUGCUCCACUUCCAAUCCAGCUCUCUGCUAUGGCCUGGGAAAGCAGUAGAAGAUGGCCCAAGUGCUUAGGUCCCUGCACCUGCGUGGGAGACCUGGAAGAAGCUCCUGGCUCCUGACUUCGGAUUGGCGCAGCUCCAGCCAUUGUGGCCAACUGGGGAGUGAACCUGCAGGAUGGAAGACUCUCUCUCUCUCUCUCUCUCUCUCUCUCUGCCACUCCUUCUCUCUGUGUGUAACUCUGACUUUCAAAUAAAUAAGUAAAUCAAAACAUUCAUGU